UCUUGCUGGCCCAAGCGCGGAGUCAGUUCUCGCUGAGCCUCGUCGCGGUUAGGCGGCCACUCUUACUCUCGCACGGCCUCUCGGUUUCCUGGUCGCUCUCUCGGUUUCAUUCUUCCGUUGGUUUCUGCGCGAGAUAAGUAUGCGAAACGGAAUCUCGCAAUCGUGAUUGGUACAUACAGUGUCUUCACGCAAAUCUGACACAUCUUAAAGUCACUUUGAAUUAGGAGACCUUUACAAACGUCAAAGUGUUCGCGACCAAAUAUGUUACAUCAAGAAUAAAAUGAGCAUGAGAAGAAACAAAAAUUCUUGACACAACAUCACCAGUAACUAUUAUUAAAAAUCAAAUUUGAUAUCAGUGAACAUUUCAAAUUACAUAUCAGUGAUCAGUGAUUAGUGAUAUUUCAUGAUUACCGAUAAUCAACAGUUCUUGAAAUACACUCAAUAAUUUAUGGAGAUGGAGAAUGCGAGCACGCCGAACACACUGAUGGAGAUGAAAACACGAAGGCAGCCACUUCGGUCGCAAGUAUCAACCUUGGACACGAGAAGGAGGCAGGCUGUUUGCGUAAGGAGAGCCUUCAAGAAAUAUGGAUCCAAAAAUAAUCCACAUGUCGUUCUGGAUGGUCUCAAUAUGACUGUGCCAAAGGGCACAAUUUAUGGAUUGCUUGGCGCGAGCGGUUGCGGAAAGACCACUUUACUGUCGUGCAUCGUUGGUCGGAGACGCUUGAAUUCCGGCGAAAUAUGGGUAUUGGGCGGCCGGCCGGGUUCCAAGGGUUCCGGUGUACCCGGUCCCCGGGUCGGCUACAUGCCGCAGGAGAUCGCACUCUACGGUGAGUUUUCCAUUCGGGAAACGUUCAUCUAUUUCGGCUGGUGCGCCGGCAUGACGACAGACCAAGUGGAUGAAAAGCUGGAUUUUCUGAUCAAGUUUUUGCAACUACCGUCCGAAAAUCGUUUUGUUAAGAAUCUAUCAGGUGGUCAGAAAAGAAGAGUAUCUUUCGCGGCUGCCAUUUUAGCCGAGCCUGAACUUUUGAUUCUGGAUGAGCCAACAGUUGGAGUGGACCCCAUUCUUCGUCAGAGCAUCUGGGACCACUUGGUGCACAUCACCAAGGAUGGUAACAAGACCAUCAUUAUUACUACACACUACAUUGAAGAGACUAGGCAAGCCGGCAUGAUCGGCUUGAUGAGAAACGGCAAGUUUCUGGCGGAGGAGUCGCCAUCGAGGCUAAUGGAGAUGCAUCGAUUGGAUACUUUGGAAGAAGUAUUCUUGAAGCUGAGCAAGAGGCAGAAUCUUGGAUUAAAAAGGAGAAGCAGUAUACUGAGCAGUAUAACGGGCGUUCCGCCAGAAGACGACGUGGACGAGAUGAGUGGCGAAUUCGGCGAUAAUGUGAGCGUAUCUAGUCGACGGAAAAGUGUAGUCAUUGUGGAUGAUGGCAAUGUCUCAGCAUUGCCGCCGGAAGAGGAAGGUGAUUCCAAAUAUACUAUGCUCAAUUCGAUGCACAUGAAGGCUCUUAUCUGGAAAAACUUUUUAUGGAUGUGGCGGAAUGUCGGGAUGAUGCUGUUUAUUAUCGGCCUGCCGGUCGCUCAAAUAGUCCUCUUCUGCAUUUCCAUUGGUAAGGAUCCCGUAGGAUUAAAAUUAGCUAUUGUCAACAACGAAUUCAACAACAGUAUGCAACCGUGCAUUCCUGGAACCGGAUGCGAUUGGUCGCUACUAAGCUGCCGAUAUCUUCAGCACCUGCAGAAGAAGACCAUACAGCUGUUAUCCUACGACAAUGAGGAAGAAGCUAAGUAUGCCGUGACGAAGGGAUGGGCAUGGGGUGCUAUAACGUUUCCGUCCAACUAUUCCGAUGCUCUCAAGGGGAGGAUAGAUUACGGCAAAGACGCCGAGGAAUGGAAUAUUGAUUCCGCAGAGAUGAAAAUUAUCAUGGACAUGUCCAAUCAACAGAUAGGACAGUUGCUACAAAGGGACCUGCUUUAUGCGUAUCUAGAUUUCGUGAAAGAAGUCACCGUGGCCUGCAACUACAGCGAGAAGUUAACGAGCAUACCCGUAAACUUCAAAACGCCAAUCUACGGAUCUCGGGAUCCUAAUUUCACGGAUUUUGCAGCCCCCGGAAUAAUUCUAACAAUUAUUUUCUUUCUCUCGGUCGCACUAACGUCGGGCGCCAUGCUGCUGGAGAGAAACGAGGGUCUGUUGGAAAGAAGUCUCGUGUCAGGUAUGUAUAAGACAGAGAUUCUCUUCGGUCAAGUGAUCACGCAGUUCACGGUGAUGGCCGGGCAAACUGUGAUGGUUCUCAUAGUCACAUUCGCGAUCUUCAAAGUUACCUGCGAGGGCGACAUCGGUUGGAUCACCGUUUUAAACAUCCUCACGGGCCUCAGCGGCAUGUGCUUCGGAUUUGUAAUCGCCAUUAUCUGUGACAAUGAAAGGAGCGCUACGUACGUGGCGAUGGGCUCUUUUCUUCCAUUUGUGAUGUUAUGCGGCAUUAUCUGGCCCAUAGAGGGUAUGCAUCCAUUAUUGAGAUAUAUUAGUUUUCUGCUACCCCUGACGAAAAGCACAGAAUCGAUGAGGUCAAUGCUGGCCAAAGGCUGGACGAUCUCAGAACCGACGGUUUAUUACGGCUUUAUCUCCACUCUCAUCUGGAUCAGUAUCUUUAUGAGCCUGUCGAUAUUGUUAAUUAAAUUUAAGAAGGGUUAAUUUAAAGGGACAAGAAAAUAAUUU